AUGGCGGACGGCAGACAACAGCACACUCGGCGGGCGCCAACAACGGACGUUUACGAUGCGACCGAAUUGACUCGUGCGUUCGAGCAACUGAUGCGGACAAAGAGGUUCAAUUCUCUUCAGGAACAAUCAAGAGGUCGAUCUCGCACACAAUCGCCGUCUCCCGCUCAUUCAUACACCACACCACCACAUCCCUCGCGGGCACCACCACCUCCUCCGACCGGUGCUCAGUCACCAUCGCAGCAGCGUCAACAGCAUCAAUUGCCAGCGUCGUCGUCAUUGAGAAACCUUCCAGUCGUUCCUUCCCCCCCUCGAGAUCAACAAUCAUUGAAGUUCCGAAAUCUCUUGCAUGUUCUAUCUGUCACUCCGACCAAAUAUGAAAACCCCGGCCUCCUCGACGAAGCUCUCUCUCUUAUCCCGCUCGAUCGCCUCUACUCCGAGGCGGAGGAAGAGAGCCAGAUCAUGCAGGCUCAGGCCGCUAGCGUAGGGGGGAAGCCUGAGUGGGGUUAUCAAGACUGCGUUAUUAGGGCUCUACUUAGGUGGUUCAAGCACUCUUUCUUCCAAUUCGUCAACAAUCCUCCUUGCUCUCGAUGCAUGAUGCCUACAAUCGCUCAGGGCAUGACUCCCMCAACGCCAGAUGAAACAGCGCGUGGUGCAACAAGGGUCGAGCUAUACCGCUGCUCGGAAUCGUCCUGUGGCGCAUAUGAGCGAUUUCCGCGAUAUUCCGACGUCUGGCAAUUGUUACAGAGCAGAAGAGGGCGUGUGGGUGAAUGGGCCAACUGUUUCAGUAUGUUCUGCAGAGCGCUGGGUGGUCGGGUACGAUGGGUAUGGAAUUCGGAGGAUUACGUCUGGACCGAGGUCUACUCGGAGCAUCAAAGGCGUUGGGUGCACGUAGAUGCGUGCGAAGAGGCUUGGGAUCAGCCGCGCCUUUACACUGAAGGCUGGGGUCGAAAGCUAUCCUACUGCAUUGCCUUCUCCAUCGAUGGUGCGACAGAUGUUACACGACGGUACGUGCGAAGCCCGGUCAAGCAUGGCGCUCCGCGAAAUCGUGUGCCAGAGGAGGUUCUCCUCUGGGUCAUUCAUGAGAUCCGGAAAAAGCGACGGGAGAGUAUGUCGAAGACGGAUCAAAGACGACUUGUGAAAGAGGACGAGCGCGAAGAAAAGGAACUCCGUGCCUACAUGGCUUCCGCACUGGCCGCAGAGAUCAACAACCUUUUCCCUCGGCAACAGACCAGUAGUCGGGCUGACGAGCAAAAGACACCUGCUUCAAUGCAGGACGCUCCGGUAGACUGGGUUGCUACUCGACAGAUGGGUCCCGGCCAGUCUGGCCCCGAUCGAUCCCAAGACGGCCGGUAA